AUGUCAUUGGAUGAUGACUUAACAGGAUAUUCAAGCUCUAACGACACCGGCGAUGUAAGGGAUGAUAAUGUAUUUGCGGCUGUUAUGUCUGGAAGACGUUUCCAGCAAAUUCUAAGAUGCUUUAGUUACCACGAGUCAUAUGAGCAAGUUAAAUGGACGGGAAAGCUGGAAAAAGUAAUACCGCUUUUGAAUUUAGUUUUAAGAAGUUUUAGAAAUAACUACAGACCUAAUAAAGAAUUGUCCUUAGAUGAGUCUCUAAUGCUUUUUAAAGGAAGACUAUCGUUUAAGCAAUACAAUAAAGGGACACGUGCUAAGUACGGCAUAAAGUUUUAUGAACUUACAUCAAAUGAUGGCUACAUUUUAAAUGCUGAAAUUUAUGCAGGAAAAGUUAUAGAAGAUACGAUAGGAUCGAAAACAAAAACUGUAGUCUUGAAACUUAUGGAUCCAUUUCUUAACCGUGGCCACCAUUUAUUUAUGGAUAACUACUACAACAGCGUUAAAAUGUCUCAAACGCUACUUCAUUACAAAACCCACACCACGGGUACCUUACGUUUUAAUCGCAAGCCAAAUCCUAAAUGUAUAACCACUAAAAAACUAAAGAAGGGAGAAAUGAUUUGGAGAAGAACUGGAAAUGUUUACGUUACAAAAUGA